GCAGCAGAUGAGAGUGAUGAAGAGCUGGAUGAUGAGGCUAUGAUGGCUCUUGACAAGAACAUCUCAGCCCUUUUUGCAGAGCAGCAGAAACGCGUCCAGGCAAAGAAGGAUGAGAAGGACAGGAUUCGGAAGGAGAAGAUCCUACGGAGGGAUUUCAAGAUCAAGGUGCUGGAUCUGAUAGAAGCAUUCCUGACUAAGCAGUCAGAGAACCCCUUGGUGUUUGACAUCAUCGAGCCCCUGCUUCGGGUGAUUGAACAGUGCAUGAGCACAGACUCUGACAAGCAGGAGGCUGACUUCCUCAAGAAAACAGCCAAUAUCUUCAGGAACUCCCUGUGCCGAAUGAAGCAGUACUGCAAGAGAGUGGAUGCCCUGCAAGAGGAUUUGCAUGCUUUUGUGGAGAGGCUUGUGAAGAAAGCCUCCAAGCACACUGACUCUUCAGUUGCUCUCUAUUAUUUCAGUGCCUCUUUAUACCUGCUCAAAGUGUUGAAAGGAAACACGUCUGAUAAGUCGUCAACUCCUACCCCUCUGCCAGAGAAACAAAACAACAGCAUCCCACAGGCUUCUCAGCUUUUGAGCACAGGUUGUUUGGAUAUGGAGAGGGUGACUGCAGUUUAUCAGCAAGCACUGACACAAUUCCUGAGUAAACGGAACAGUGCCCUUACAAGCUCCAUGUUCCAUGAUCUCUUCACACGCUUCCCGAUCAUGUGUAAGCCAUUAGUAGAUACUCUUGUCAAGUCUAUCACAGCGGGAGCCAGGCAACAUCAGCAGGCCCAGGCCUGUUUGCUUCUCCGGAAUGUUCUGCUGCUUCGUGAACUGAAGCUCUUCAUGACAGAGGAGGAGUGGGAGGAAUUGAUAAGAGAAAGCAUCAGCCAAGUGACAAAGAGUUUGAAGAUGGUUGGCAAGUGUAUCCUGAAGGCUGAGAAAGAGAAACUUGCCAAGAGCUUCGAGCUGUUAAACUUUCUCCUCAAAACUGUGACAGAGGAGCAUCUGCACGUGAAGCUGACUGAGGUGGAAAAAGUGCUGUUAGGUCUGAACCAGCCAGAAGGCAUUGGGAAUUCUGCACGUCUUGAUUCUCUCUACUGGAAUGUCAUGCGUUGGCUGAAUUACACGAAGCCCAAGAAAGACAAGACAGCCAAUAAGCCUGAGCAGGAAGCAGGGUCGUUUAAAAGGAAGAAGAAAGGCUUCUUGCCAGAGACCAAGAAACGCAAGAAUCGCAAGAAAGGCAUCCAGGAGAAUGGGGUAGCACCAGCAGCCAGUGAAGGUGGAGAACCAGGAGCCCCAGAAGAGCAGCCCCUGGGAACAGAAACCCCCAAGCAGAAGAAAGGCCUCAUGCCUGGUGGCAGCAAACACAAGAAUCAGAACAGAGGGGUCAGGGAGAACGGAGUAGCAACAGCGGGCAGUGGGGAGGCUGCUGUUAAUGGAGGAGAUGCUGUGGCUCACAAGAAGAAAAAGAAUAUGAACAGAAAAAGGAAAGGUGAUGGCAGCAAUGAAGCCAAGCAGGUUCCAGCUGCAAAGAAAACCAAGGGGAGUGUCAGCCAGGAGCCCCUGCAGAAGCAGAGCAAAGCCAAGAAGAAAAAAAAAGAGAAAAAGGCUCCAGUGCUGCAGGACUAA